CGGGAGCGCGCGGGGGCGGGCCGGCAAAGUUGCGAGGCGCUGAGGCGGGCGGCGGCACCGGCGGCGGAUCGGGCACGGCGGCACCAUGGACGACCUGGACGCCUUACUGGCAGACCUGGAAUCUACCACCUCGCACAUCUCCAAACGGCCAGUGUUUCUGACAGAGGAAACACCUUACUCCUAUCCAACUGGAAACCACACGUACCAGGAGAUCACUGUGCCACCUCCAGUGCCCCCACCACCUUCCAAUGAGGCCCUGAAUGGCACUGUGAUUGACCCCUUAGACCAGUGGCAGCCCAACGCAUCCAGAUACGUUCACCAGCAACCUCAGUCCCAGUCUCCUAUAUACAGCUCUAGUGCCAAAAGCUCCAGUGCCUCUGCUCCUAGGGACGGGCUCAGCUCUCCUACUCCCCGUGCCAGUGAAGAGGAACACGUCUACAGUUUCCCGAACAAGCAGAAGUCUGCAGAGCCGUCUCCCACAAUGACCAGUUCCUCUCUGGGCAGCAACCUCUCAGAACUGGACAGACUUCUUCUGGAACUGAAUGCUGUUCAACAUAAUCCUGCCAGUGGCUUCCCAGCAGAUGAGGCCAGCAGAAGCCCAUCAUUGCCCAGUGUGACUGGACCUCACUAUGUUGUCCCAGAGAGCAGCAGCUCUGUGGGAGGGAAGGCUGCUCCCCCUACGAAAGAAAAGCCAAAGCGAAAUGGUGCCCGUGGGAUCGAAGAUGUGCGUCCCAGCGUGGAGAGCCUGCUGGACGAGCUGGAGAGCUCGGUGCCAAGUCCUGUCCCUGCGAUCACUGUGAGCCAAGGCGAGGUGAGCAGCCCCCAGCGGGUCACCGCCAGUCAGCAGCAGACCCGGAUAUCUGCUUCCUCAGCUACACGAGAACUGGAUGAGCUGAUGGCAUCUCUCUCUGACUUCAAGGUGGUUUUUCCUCCAGAAUCCCCACUCCCCUCAAGGAAGAUGAUCUCUGUUCCAGCCUCUCCCCCUCUCCAGCCUUCCAAAGAAGCUGCAAAGACAGUCCUUGCUAAUGCUGCUCCUUCUCAUCUUUCUGGCCCUGCACCUCUUCUUCCACUCCCACCUCAGCCUUCCCAUGUGCCACCUACCCCAGCUCCUAGUCCAGCCUCCUCCUCUUCCUUCACCUUGGCUCCCCAGCCUCUUUUCCAGUGGGAAACUUCUGAGGAUGAUUAUCAUGAGUUUUCUGUUGUGGGCACCCCUCCUGAAGAUCCUGGACACUCCUGUUCUCCCCAGACACGGAUCCCUAGCACCAAGACAGUUGUUUCUGUUGGCUGUCAGACUGAAGAUGAUGCUUUCUUCCCACAGAUGCAGUUCAUGGCUCAGGGCAAAGUCGGGAGCAGCUCCCCUCCAUCCACAACCUCCAAGCCUGGCAGCCAGCUGGAUACCAUGCUGGGAAGUCUCCAGUCCGACCUGAACAAACUGGGUGUCGCCACAGUUGCCAAAGGUGUCUGCGGAGCCUGCAAGAAGCCUAUUGCUGGGCAGGUAGUUACAGCCAUGGGGAAAACCUGGCACCCCGAGCACUUCGUCUGCACCCACUGCCAGGAGGAGAUUGGGUCACGGAACUUCUUCGAGCGAGACGGGCAGCCCUACUGCGAGAAGGACUACCACAACCUCUUCUCCCCCCGCUGCUACUACUGCAAUGGGCCCAUCCUUGACAAAGUGGUGACAGCCUUGGACAGGACAUGGCACCCUGAACACUUUUUCUGUGCCCAGUGUGGAGCCUUCUUUGGACCUGAAGGAUUUCAUGAGAAGGAUGGCAAAGCCUACUGCCGCAAGGACUACUUCGAUAUGUUUGCCCCCAAGUGUGGCGGCUGUGCCCGGGCUAUCCUGGAAAACUACAUCUCUGCCUUGAACACCCUGUGGCACCCUGAAUGUUUUGUCUGUCGGGAGUGUUUCACACCGUUCAUCAAUGGCAGCUUCUUUGAGCAUGACGGGCAGCCCUACUGCGAGGUGCAUUACCACGAGCGCCGCGGCUCGCUCUGCUCCGGUUGCCAGAAGCCUAUCACAGGACGCUGCAUCACUGCUAUGGGCAAGAAGUUUCACCCCGAACACUUUGUCUGUGCCUUCUGCCUCAAGCAGCUCAACAAAGGAACCUUCAAAGAACAGAAUGACAAGCCCUACUGCCAGAACUGCUUCCUCAAGCUCUUCUGUUAGAGGCGCCAUAGAUGGGCGCUAAGCAUCUUUCUGCCACCCCUUGGCAGUUCUGUCUCUCUGAACAUUACUGUGAUUUACAAACCUUACCAGGCAGGGGGGAGGAGGGCGGGCUGGGGUGGAAGUGCUUUCUGCUGCUAUGGAGAGGCAGCAGAUCCACAGAUGAGAUGGACCAUUAAACUGGAAAUGCCCUUGCUGUGUCUCAGAAGAGAGAGGCGAGUUCCCUCAUUGUGGUGUGGCAUGGGUGUCUGUGUGUGUGACUGACAGCUGAGCUGAGCUCGCAGGCUCUGACGGGGAGAUCCUCCCGAGCCCCCUCCUGGCAGAAGGAGCCUUUGCCAGUUCAGCUUGUGUCAGCUCCUUGAGCAAAUUGUGACACUUGCAGACAACACAGCCCUCUGCUUUGACCCCUCUUUCUCAGGCUUUGGUCUGCAUGCCUGCAGCCUGAGCAGUAGCACAGUGAGGGCACCCUGUGAUCUCAGUGCCACCCUGGCUCUGCUCGCUGGAGCCACAUGGCAUGUGUGACUUGCUGAGAUCAGAGCAUCAGCACAGGCAGCCGAGACCCUGCAAGGGUCUCUCCAGUUCCAUUACACUGUAAGGAGAUGAUACCACUUACUUUUUUUUUUUCUUUUUUUAAAGGAAUCAAGGUGUUACUGUGUGGGGUGAUUUGGGGUUUUGUUUUUUUG